GCCGCCUGCAGUUUAGGUGCUCUGUCGUGUUUCCGGUUUAAUUUUUACAUAACAAAAUACUCAAAAAUACUCCUGACAGCUUGCAAUCCUAUGUUACAUCAUCAUAAGUGACAUUUCAGAUCAAACUGUGGCCUUAACCAUGUGACCAGCAGAAGUACACUAUGGACACUAACUGACCACAGAGAAUGGUACCUAUUAUGUUGUAUCGCAGGGUCAACCAGCUGUGUUGGAAAUGUGGAUUAUCACCAGGCCUGAAUAUUGCCUCACAAAGAUUUUUUUCAAAAAACAAGACAUAUUACCAGAUUCUGGAGGUGAGCCAGGAAGCUACAGAUGAAGAAAUUAAAGCAGCAUAUAAAAGACUGUCCAAAAAAUAUCACCCAGACACUUCCUCAGAAAUUAAUGCUCAUGAAAAGUUUAUAGCUGUUAACGAGGCCUUCACAACACUAAGUAAACCUUUCAGUAGAAGAGACUAUGACUUGAAACUGAAGUAUGGACCAGACCAAGCUGGACAGAAAAAGCGAGAGGAGAGGCGACAAGCAAACGAGACGUGGAGAGACAAACACUACUGGCAGAGAACCAAGGAGGAGGACCAGCAGUUCCGAUCCUGGUAUUAUAAGGAGUAUGGAAUGGGGAGUCCACAUUCUCCCAAUGUACCAGACCCCUUCCGUUUCUUCACGGCAAAACAAGCCAUCGUAUUGGCCAUAUCACUGGGGAUCGGUUUACAGAUAGCUCGAUAUAAGUGGGUGAAAGCUCGUAUGGAUUUAUCAGAUGCAAAGAGCAAUGAUCGGCUGAAGGAAUUGGAGGAGGCGAAACAGCAAAGAUUAGAGUGGUUAAAAAAGGAAAGGGAAAAGUUUGAAAACGUUGUGGACUCCGAAUUGGAGAAGAAUAAAGAGACCGAUCUCCAUUCUUUUCUGAAUAAAAAUAACAAUGUUCCUUUUCCUAACACUAAACCAGGGUAACCCGGCCUCAGGAGAUGCUGCGAUAUUACUGAAAGUCUUGUGAUAUUGUGUUUACGAAUGAUUGUGUGGAAAUAGUAUUUACUGAUGUAUGGUUUUAUUAAAAACUGAUAUUAUACGACUCAUUAUGACGUCAUAAUGCUA